CGAAUCCGGUUAUAAUCUCAGAUUACAGCUUGGUUCGACUCAUGCACCUUCCAGCAUUGGACAAAAGGCAAAAUGAAAUGGACAUCGAUCGAGCCUUGCAGCUGUAUCGGGAAUUGAACCCAUCCUCCGAUUCAGACAACGAACGACUAUUACGAAUCGCCUACGAUCGUUAUUUAGAUCAGUUCCAGGAAUUCAUGCAAAUGGCUGUUGACAACGAUGAGAAUGAUACCUUGGAAGGCAUUGUGGAAAAGGUCCUUCAAAUGACGAGAGAGAUUCAAUUCAAAGAAUGGGGUGAAAACAUCAAACUGAACCAACUGCCAGCCAUGCUGGCAGGACUAGCUGCCGUGUGGUCAAUUCUGGUGUCCAAGGAUGUCUCCGGUACGGGGAAAUACCUCAGCCCACAUUGCAUUCAAGUAAUUUGUCUGCUAAGAUUGCUAAGCGCCGACCGAGUUGAGCUUGGCGUUGCGAAACAUUUGGCUCAAGUACUCACCGGUCAGGGAAAGUCGUUGAUCCUCGCCCUGUGUGCGGCUCUGUUGGCAUUUAUGGGUCACGACGUGCUUGUCGUUUGCUACAACCGCUAUCUGCUCGAGAGGGAUGCUGCUGAUUUCAAGCAACUGUUCUCCAUUUUCGGAGUUGCCGAACGCAUCCAGUAUGGUACGUUUGAGGAUCUUGCCAAUUCCGUGCUGACUUCCAGCGUUGACGGACAACGAAUUGGUCUGCGAGAAAUGGUCACAGAUUUAAUAUCGCAAGAUGAAAUGAACCAUAAAGCGACAGCCAAAGUUAAGUCAAAACAUAACAUGGUUCUACUGAUGGAUGAAGUGGACGUGUUUUUCACCAAUGAAUUCUACGGAAACGAUUACUAUCCCGUGGCAAAUCCUAUGAUAACCGGAUUGGGAAGAAUACAGCAGGAAAUUUGGAAGGCGGUUAGUGAAAAAUGCUACGACCUAAAAGUGCUAACCACGCGCAUCAUGAAGUAUAUAAAAUCAUUUGUAAACUACGAAGUAUUCGAAGAGUUCUUAGCUGCGAGCAACCGAUAUAAUUUAUUAGUGCAUCAGAAUGUUUCAGACAUUUUUGGAGUAGAAAAACCAACAUGGAAGCUAAAAAGUUACACCAACCGAACGCUUUUCGACGAACACCUACAGUGUAUGCUGCAGUGCGCGAUCGAGGUUCACCGUGAGCCAAAAUCACGUUGGGCCAACUACCAGCUGAGCCCACGGAACACAAUCGCCUUCAAAUAUCUGGGAGAAUAUACGAACCACCGUAGAGAAAGCUACUACAAUACAUUCAACUACUUCCGGCUGAAGAAAGGUGACUUCUGCUCGGAGAUCAACGGGGAACUAAACUACGGCUAUCUGAACAUCGAUUGUGGUUCUCUGUCGUACGCCAUGCUUCCGAAAAGUUUCGCACUUAUUUUGGGUGUAUCUGGAACGUUGACAACGCUGAGCGAACCGCAACAAAAAACUAUCAAGGAACUGUAUGAUAUUGGUCAAAAGAGCGUCCUUCCGACCUUUUUCGGUUGUUCAAACCUCUGCUAUGACGCCUCCGGCGACUUCUACCACCUACCAACCGCAGGGGACUGGAUGGAAUGUAUCUGCAGCCAUACCCAGGAAGUGGUGGCUUCCAAGCGUGCCGUAAUUACAUUCUUCUCGACCGAAGAAGAGCUGCACAAGUUCAAGUGCAAUUAUUCCGGUCGUUUCGACAGACUGAAUGUUUUGACAGAAAAUACCGAAAAAACCAUCAAGCGGCAGUACAUCAACGAAGCAGGCAUCCCGAGAACGGUUACCUUGGCAACGCGCGGUAUGGGACGCGGUGUUGACUACAAGUCCAGUGUUGCCGUAGAACGCAACGGUGGGGUUCACGUGAUUCAGACCUUUUUCUCGUUGGAUAUUCGGGAGGAAACGCAGAUUCGGGGUCGAACGGCCCGGAAAGACAACAAGGGCUGCUACGAACUGGUGGUAUGCGAUAGUGAUUUAAAAAACAGUGCACUGCUGACGAAAGAUGAGCAAAUCUCGUACGACAAACUAAACGAAAAUCGUGCCAAGCUGCUGCUCGAGGGAAAUGGUAAAACCUACAAGGCCAUUAAGCAGGCAUCGGCGAAGCACGAGAUUACGAUGACAUAUUUACAGUCGCUGUUUGAUUAAUUUAAGUUUUUUGAACAUAUAGUAUAUUAUUUUUGUAGCAAUCAAGAUAAAAUAUAAUAAAUAAA